GAUCUAUAGUGCCUACAUAAAGUUCACGAGAAUAUUUAGGCUUAUAUAGAGGGUCUACAUGUAUAUGGCAGAGGCACAGAUCUCAAACUUGAAUAAAGACAAGUACUACUGAAAGUCUGAAGAGCAGCAUGAACAAGCGCAAGCAGAGGGUAGCUGUGCUUGGUGCUGGUAUCACUGGGAUAUCAACAGCUAAUAUACAGUUGCUGUGCCCCAAUACUGAAGUCACAAUCAUCUCGGCAGAGUUCUCGCCGAACACAACUUCAGAUGGCGCGGCGGGUUUCGUUCAGCCAUAUCUUGCUCCUGGUACACCAAGAAAAGAUAUAGAGAGAUGGUUUACAUCGACAUGGAAGCGUCUGGCCAUGCUGAUAAACUCAGUUGAUGCUGGGAAGGCUGGGGUGCACUUCACAUCAGGCUACAAUGUCUUCAAGACUGUUGUGCCCGAUCCUGAAUGGAAAGAUAAGGUGCUUGGAUUUAGGCAUACCACCCAGGAAGAGCUCAAGGAAUUAUUUCCAUCUUUCAAGCAUGGAUGGUUCUUCACAUCAAUAAUUUGUGAGGGUCAAAGAUAUAUUCCAUUCAUGACUGAGAAAUUUUUAAAGAAUGGUGGAACAAUGAUACAGAGAAUGGUGACAGUUUUUGCUGAGGUGAGUGGGUUGGAGUUGAUUCGCCUUCUGCAACAGAAUUCAACUAUCCCUUUAACCAUGGUGCAAAGUUACUAUUUUACCAUGCCUAAUUUAAUUUUUUUUCUCCUUACUCCUUUGCAGCUAAGUGGUCAGUAUGAUGUCAUCGUCAACUGCACAGGGAUCGGUUCCCGGUUUCUUGCCAACGAUGAUUCAGUGGAGCCAGUGAGAGGUCAAGUCAUGAAGGUUCAUGCGCCGUGGAUCCUGGGUUAUAAUCGUUACCGAGGAGACCCGGGUAGUGGGGCAGAUAAGCAUCAUAUUUAUCCCCGGCAAGAUGAUGUGACUGUAGGGGGCACAGCUCAGCUUGGGAGAUGGGACACAGAAGUUGACCCCGAAGAUGCUAAGCAGAUCUGGGAGAGAGCCUGCAAGGUCGUCCCCAGUCUCAAGAGUGCAAAGAUCAUAAAGCACUGGGUUGGACUAAGACCCCAGCGCUCCAAAGGAGUGAGGGUAGAAGCAGAAACUAUGACCUACGGCUCCGACAAGGUCAAGGUUGUGCAUAACUAUGGUCAUGGCGGAUGUGGAAUUACUCUACAUUGGGGCUGUGCACAGGAUGCCGCCAAGCUGGUACAAAAAGAACUCAUCCAUAUGCCUGCAUCUAGACUCUGAAUACCAAUUGGAUUCUCUUUCCGGUGAGAAAAAAAGGGGAGUGGUGAGCAGUUAAGCACUAAAAAACUUAAGGAGCUCUGAUAAACUGAAAAUAGAGCUCUGGUAAGAAGACAAUAAAAACAAUCAAUUUCCACCCAUUUCCCAGCAAUAAGUGAAGCCAGUUUGCUCAAAUAUAUGAUAAAUUGCAUGUUCAUGUCCCUGUACUGAAGUAGCCCAUAACAGCAGUAGUUCUAACAGAUUUUGUCAUUUAUUUCAUGCAUCAUUAGAGUUGAUAUUAUAAAAUGAUGGAUUUAUGUUAAUUUUACGUUUGUAGCUUAGAAAGAAAAUAUAUUAGCUAGUUAUCUUUGGUCUAAUUAUCUAUGGUACCUGCUGCUGCUGUCCUAUCCAAAGGACUGGCCCGAGGGUGCUUAACACAUAUGUAAAUAAGGUGGGCCAGAUUUAGCAAUUAGAUAUCGGGCCAGUGUGUAUCACCAAUAUAA